AGCCCCGGCGCGGCGCGGCCCGCGGCUGGCGGCGCCGCCGCAGCCCGGGGCGGCGCGGAGCGGCGCGGGAGGCGGCGAGGAGGUCUUGGUUAUGGACCCCAGUACAAGUCCAUUGGAAAAGGCAGCUGCAACAAUCUAGUAGUCACCAGCAGUCCCAUGACAGUUCAACGGCUGGGACCUAUUUCUCCUCCUGCUAAUCAGGUCUCAACAGCAUGCAACCAGAUCAGUCCUAGCUUACAGAGGUCUGUGGAUGCUUCCAACCUGGGUGUACCUCCAUCCGAUACAAGGUCCCUCAUGUCAUGUGAGCCUCUGCCCUCUACAACGCAAAGCUUGUUGGAAAGUCAGUCAGCUCCGAGCGUUAAGCAAGAGUGGUCGCAUGGCUACAGGAUACUUCCUUCUCUUCCGCCCAACCAAGGUUCGCAAAAUGGCAGUGAGCUGGGGGACGUACUAAAUUUUCCACCCGGAACAUCUAUGUCCAGUAACAGUGUAUCUAACUCAUUACCAUCCUACUUGUUUGGUGUGGAAAACAGCCAUUCCCCUUACCCUAGUCCUUGCCACUCCUCAGCCCGGUCUCAGUCCGCCCGCUCCAAAAAGAGGGCGCUCUCUCUCUCUCCUCUGUCCGAUGGCAUCGGGAUUGAUUUCAACACAAUCAUCCGCACCUCCCCAACCUCUCUGGUUGCCUACAUCAACGGCUCUAGGACGUCACCAGCUAACAUCUCCCCACAGCCUGAGGUCUAUGGACAUUUUCUGGGGGUGAGAGGAAGCUGCAUUCCCCAAACUUGCUCUGUUCCGAGCACCCAGAAAGGUCUUCUCAUGGCUAACAGCAACAUCGCCCUUCCAGGCUACGCUGAGAACGGGGCCGCCGAGUACCAGCGGAUGCAGCAGCUGGAGCAAGCGAGCCUGCAGCCAGCCGUCCUGAGUAACAUGGUGGUGCAGCAUGGCGUGCCUCCCGCGGAGAGCCAGGCUCUGGGCACGCUGAAAAGCGAACGGCGAGAUGAUUUCUUGGGCCGGGCAGUCGACAUGCCUGCUCUCCCGCUGCCUCCGCCGCCACAGGGCCCACCUCCCCCUUACCACGCGCUUCAGCACCGGCGUCCACACGACCUCCUCGGCCACCCGCACCCGCUGGCCUUGGCUCCUGCCGCCCCGGCCCCACUGCUGGACGAGGACAGCGAGCCAGAUGAUUUCAGCGGCAAGCACUCCUGUCGCUGGAUCGACUGCAGCGCGCUGUAUGACCAGCAAGAGGACCUUGUGCGGCACAUAGAAAAGAUCCACAUAGACCAGAGGAAGGGGGAGGACUUCACGUGCUUCUGGGCAGGGUGCCCACGGAGGUACAAGCCGUUUAAUGCCCGUUACAAGUUGCUGAUUCACAUGAGAGUCCACUCGGGAGAGAAGCCGAACAAGUGCACAUUUGAGGGCUGCAAGAAGGCCUUUUCCAGACUGGAAAAUCUCAAGAUUCACUUGAGGAGUCACACGGGCGAAAAGCCGUACCUCUGCCAGCACCCCGGCUGCCAGAAGGCCUUCAGCAACUCCAGCGAUCGCGCAAAGCACCAGCGGACCCACCUGGACACGAAACCUUAUGCAUGUCAGAUUCCAGGAUGUACUAAACGAUACACGGACCCAAGUUCUCUGAGAAAGCAUGUGAAAGCACAUUCUUCCAAAGACCAACAAGCCAGGAAAAAGUUGCGAUCGAGCUCGGUGCUUGACCAGGACAUCCUGAAUGACUGCCUUGCAAUCCAGCCUCUCCAGCCUGCCCCUUCACCACACGAUGCUGCAGAUACCGUGGGACCAUCCCCAGGGCCACCUCAUGAUAUCUACCCAGUUUCAGCAGCCGUGUUCCCCGGCACCCAGACGAGCCGAAGUGCCACCGCAGCAGGAGCCGUGUCCUUGUCCCAGCCCAUCAGCCUCCCCUCCCCGGGCUGUAACGUGCAGGGCAGUCCUCGCCAUCCUCCCCAUCAGCUACCUCUUCUCUCAGCUGUGGACUCUGAGAGGUUUGUUGCUCCAGCACCUUCUCCUCACCACAUCAGCCCCCAGAGAGUUUCUGUUCCCCCUCCCCUGAUGCAGAGACGGACCCCGCAGCCUUCCCACCCUCAGCAGCCUGCAGGAAUGCAUCUCAAGAUGUACACAUCAGCAGCAAACCCUUCUUUUCAGCCAAAUAGCCUCCACAUCCAAGGUUUUUAUGGACAGCUUCAGACUUUCUGCCCUCCCCAUUAUGCUGACACUCAGAAGAAUGUACAACAUGGUGUAUCCUGUAAUAUGGUUCCUCCUUUUGAAGACUGCUUAGCUCCCACAUCAGUGAGCCAGGCAGGGUCUGGUGCCUUUCAUCGAACCUUUUCAGCUCAUUCUGGUGUUACAGUUUAUGAUUUUCCACCAGGGCCCACAGGUGUCUUUGGUGAUUCAACUUACAGCAUGCCUGAGGACAGCAGUUUCCUACAAAUAAGUGCAGUGGAUCGUUGUCCCAGCCAACUUUCUUCUGUCUACACUGAAGGCUAAUUCAUUCCAACUCGAAUUAUAAGAACUUGAUUCCAUAUCAUCUUGCCCGUCUGAUAUUUCACUGUCAGUUUUUCUCUCCAUAAGACUGCCAUGUAUGUAUGGGGAUAUGGGUGAAUAUACAUACGUAAUGGAGAGCAAAACAUGCAGUCAGUGGGCAUUCAUCAUAUAAUCAAGAAAUCAAAUGAGGAGGAGAACAUUGGUAAAAAGAAAACUUUGCCAACUUGUUAGCAAUUUUCUUUUCUUCUGAACUACUGCACAGCGAAUCUUCUUGUUCUUCCUUCUUUUUUGUUUCUUAAAGGGAAUUCAAAGAUUGAAUAAGAAAACUGCUUUUGGCUGUAAUCCUUUCAACUAAUUGAUGGAAUCAUUGAAGAAUGCAGCUUUAGAAAAUCCUUUUUUUUUAAAAAAAAAGAAACAGGUAAAAUCGGAGUAUACUACCAACAUUUCAAAGGCACACAGCUUUUUGCACAACCUGUUUGCUUGUGGCGCUUCCAAAGUUAAACACACCAGCAUGAAAAAGGGAAAGCAAUUAGACAUACAUCCUGGCACUACACAAUGGACAUACUGUUGCGGCUUCUUUUUAGAGCCAAAGAUCACUGGUACUGAUUUCUUACAGGCCUUUCCUCUGUAUUUUAAGCCAUAUGCAAUGGCCAUUACAAUUUUUCCAAUAUUCCUUCUGAUCCAAUGCCUUAUGCAAUGAAUAAGAAGGGUUUAAAUGCACUAGAUAAGAAGGUACUUGGACUUCCUCUGUAUUUAGCAUUGCUGCUAGAUAAAAAUAAAUAUGUUUUAACUUUC